AUGUUACACAACCCUUCCAAUUCUGCGACACGAGAUCGUCUUAUGAAAAAAAUUUUGCGGUACAACGACCAACUUUCGUUCGGCCAAAUUCGUAUGGAGAGAACUUUUGACUUUUCUGACUCAUAUCGGAUUGUCAAAACAAAUAACAUGAUUAGCUAUAUGCUAUUUGAUUUUCGACAGCCUGGUGGACAACAUCAACCUGAAUUACGAGGUCAACUCUACACAAUACCGCCAAAUUCUUCUGAAAUUCGACUAAAUGAUUUAUCUUCUGAAAAUGAAUUAGAUCCUAUUAUUCUGCAAGAGCUGUUUAACAUUUUGAAACAAAAUCAUUGGAUGGCUGAACUCUUCAAAAUUGCCUCAGACGUUUAUCAAGAUCUUUCGGCCGACUUACAGCUUCAGUUCCGAAUGCUUGUAGUUGAUGCCAAUAAACGCGGAACUGAGCGCACUAUUGAAAACGUUCCACCACUUGAUAUUAAUCCAUCUGAUGCUUCUGUGUUACACCAAAUUCAUCCUGGACGCCUUAGUGUUGAGACUGCCGCAGGAAGCCAGCUUGUCGCGCAAUUUUAUUUGGAUAAUGGGGAGAAUGUUACACCAGAAGGAAAAUAUGACGUAAUUCUAACAGGGCAAAAAGGAACAGGUCAAGUCAGUCUGAAAUGGUGGCACCGUGCAGCUGAUGCAGCAUGUUUCCCUAUUCUAUUUCCAAAAGGACAAAAUGGAUUUGCUUAUUUUGCGAACUGGAGAAAGUUUACAAGGAGCUAG